UUGUCGUUGUCAGGUGUCACUUGCCGGUGUAUGUGAAAUGUGAAUGAGUGUGUGUGUAUGCGAUUAUCAUAUUGUUGAUUUAUAAUAAAGAUAUUAUAUUUGCGAUUAACUCUCUUUAAGGUUUUGGUGCAGUAAGUAACUACAAUGACAACCGAAAAAAGAAUAGACAUUACUCAGCCACUAUGGGAUCAAAGUACCUUUACAGGCAGAUUCAGGCACUUUGCCUUCAUUUCAAAUCCCCUACUAUCAUUGGUACCCGAAAAAGAACUUCAUCAGGCCAAAGAACUGUAUUUCAAAUAUAAGCAGGGCCAAGAGCCAGCUGGUACAACUAUGUCUCAAGUGGUCAGAGCCAAACAGCUAUAUGAAUCAGCCUUCCACCCAGACAGUGGUGAACUGCAGAAUGUGUUUGGUAGGAUGUCCUUUCAAAUGCCUGGAGGUUGUCUCGUGACGGGUGCUAUGCUGCAAUGGUAUAGAACAGCAACGGCCGUUGUAUUCUGGCAAUGGGUGAACCAGUCCUUCAACGCUCUGGUUAACUACACGAACCGUAACGCGAACUCGCCGUUGACCACGACUCAGAUGGGCGUCGCGUACGUGUCGGCGACGUCGGCCGCCAUGGCGACGGCGUUGACGUUCAAGUUCGUCAUACAGAAACGCGCAACUAAUCCCAUUUUAGCUAGAUUCGUUCCGUUCUUUGCCGUGGCGGCUGCUAACUGGGUCAACAUUCCAUUAAUGAGGCAGAAUGAAAUCCUUCUAGGUCUAGAUGUAACCGAUGAAAAUGGAAAAAUUAUAGGGAAAUCACAGAUAGCUCCCGUUAAAGGAAUAUCUCAAGUUGUGACAUCCAGAAUAAUAAUGUGUGCCCCGGGUAUGUUGCUACUGCCUGUGAUCAUGGAGAGGCUGGAGCCCAAGGCCUGGAUGAAGAGGAUCAGGUGGGCUCACAUCGGUAUCCAGACAGGCAUUGUUGGUUUGUUCUUAACGUUCAUGGUGCCAACUGCGUGUGCAAUAUUUCCACAGAAAUGUAAACUCUCCGUUGAUACAAUGAAGCGUUACGAAAAAGAGAGAUACGAGGAAAUUUUAAAGAACACGGACGGCAAGCCGCCUCAGUACGUUUACUUCAAUAAGGGUCUGUAAAUAUUUGUUAUAUAAGUAAUAAUCAUAUAGAUUAGUCAAAUAUCAGUAGGAUAAGCUAGUUGCGUACACGCGGUAAUCGUUUCAAAUAAUUAAAUUGUCAAUUAUUAUUUAGUUAUUGCUACUUAUCAUUAUAUGAAAUGUUGGAUAGUUGACGCUUCUUAAACUGGAUGACAGUACUAUUCUGUAAGAACUCACUUCGCAUCUCACUGAGUGAUGAGU